AUGACAAAGGCAGAGCGCAGACCUUCACUCCUGUAUGGAGAAGAGGAAGAGCCUCAAGAUGAUAGGAAAUUUCGAUCACCGGGCCACAUCGUUGACGCUUCUUUGGACAAUACCGAUAUGUUGGCCCUGACUACCUCCUUUGACAGACAAAUUUCUGAUGGCCAUCCUAUGUAUUUCGAGGUUGGAGACGACGUGAAUGAUUUAGUUGCACCUCAUUUUGCCCAAAGCGGGGGAAACAGUAGGCAUCGCAAAGCUUUAACGGUGAGCAAGACGGGGAAGACAGUUUUCGAUGACAUAAACGAACUGCGAUUCAAAUAUCUCAAGGAAUCUGCUCAGGAUGCGGAAUCGAACGCCAAGAAUUACACAGAAAGCUGGUUUUUAUAUCCAAAACCUUUGCCGAAGUUCUGGAAAUUUGAAAAGGACAAGAGACUCCAGGAGGAGAUUAUUACACCAACUGAUGAAAUGCACGGUUACUUCUGUACCAGGACCACUGGCAAUGAUUCCCAGCUUUCAGAGAGAUUCCAGCUGCACUACACAGGUGAAUUCUUCGACCUUUCUCAUUACGCGGAAGAACUCAAAAAGGUUACUAUGCUGCGCGGACGAUCCUCCGAAGUGGCAGGUACAUAUGAUGACGUGGUUGACAAUGUACGUGACAUUAAAGCUUUCGGAGACCAUUUCGAGGACUUGGUUUGCCGUCUUUCGGCACAGGAGCUAGAUGCCCUGACUGUCAAGCGCAUAGAGUAUCUACUAAACCGGUUUGAUCUAUUCCAGCAGCUUGAAGGGCGCAUGGAAGUGCGCGAAAGCAGACUAGUACCUCAUCGCGAUUUCUAUAACAUUAGAAAAGUCGAUCAAAAUUUUUUGCUCAGCGGUUGUGUAUCACAGCGACUGCUCAAUGAUUUUAUUUGGGAAAAGCUGAACCUCGAACCCGACCGUGUUGUCUACAAGGAUCCGCUAGGGAGUGAGUUUACUUUGCGACAGAUUUUUUGCAACGGCGCAGAUAUAAAAUGCAAUGAAGACGCCUCCAUUGGACUUAAGGCUGUCGACGACAUCUUUUUAGAUUGGUACGAAACCGUCUAUCUAUCGGGAGCGCACCUCACAGGUACAGCGAGCGCCGCUAAGGACUCACCAAUGUUCUUUGCGAUAGCGAAAACGUUCCUCGAAUUUGAUAAUUUGCUUAGUGGUGAGUAUCUUGCCGAGAUAGUAAUCAAGUAUGUUAUCCAAUUCUUUGAAAAGAGCAAAUACCAAUUAGCGCAGCUUUCUGUCGACUUUCAGUUUUCCGAAAACUGGUGGUCCAAGUUCUGUGAAUGGAUCACGCGGUGGAAGCUUGUCUCUUACAAUAUCCGGUGGAACGUACGGUUUAACAGGUGCUACACGAAACUGUUUGCCAGCGGACAGGUGCAAUGCUUCCAAGACUACUUGGACUACAUUUUCAAACCCUUAUUCGAAGAGCCUUCCGAAAGUAACAUGCAAUUGCAAUAUGUGCUCUCCACGGUAUGCUGUUUUGACCUUGUUGCCGACGACUCCGACGACUACUUAUGGCGAUCGUUCAGAGACCCACAAUUGACGCCCCCAACCAAAUGGCGAGACACGGGAGAUAAUCCGCCGCUAGCAUAUUAUAUGUUUUACAUCUAUGAGUAUCUCAAAGCUCUCAAUAUCAAGAGACGCAACAAUGGACAGAACACAAUAGUAUUGCGGAACUACUGCCCAGUGUCCAAGAGCCGGGUCUCGCAAUUUCGACGGGGGAUAAGUGUUACGGAACAGUUUGAAUCAUUAUUGUGCAACGCGUUGCUUUGCGGGGGCGGAUUACUCCAGGCGGAAGCACUAUGGACUGUAUCUCCUCCCCUCCUAUACGUGUUCUACCUAUUGCAGAUCCCGGUUAUCGUGUCCCCUCUUUCAUCGGUGUCCCUGACCCGAGAACAUGGCCAAUCGGCUUAUCCUGAAAGAUCGCCGACGGUUAACAGGGAUGUCACCACCCCAUCCUCCAGAAGUUACAGUGGAAACCCUUUCAUGCACCUCCACAAGAUAGGAUUGAAGGUCGUCUUAUCUAGUAGCUCGGUUCUAUUCAACAGCUCGUACACUAUGGAACCUAUCAUCGAGGAGUAUAGUGUCGCCGCAAGCAUUUAUCUGCUUACAAGUGCGGACAUGUGCGAGCUCGUUCGCGAUAGUGCCAUGACGAGUGGCUACGAGGGUUUUUACAAAGCCCACUGGAACGGAAUACGCCUGACUCCCACGGAGUUCUUUACAGAGCAUAUCGGAUCUACCGACAUAUGGUUUGACCAGGAACCCGACACUUGCUACAAACACAAUGUCCCUACUACGAGAAGACUUUAUCGCCAGGAAUGCAUUGGCCGCGAAUGGAAUUUCAUUCAUGCCUAG